AUGCCUAGUCUCCUAUCUGUGAAGCCUGGUGAAAUCGUAUUCCCCAACACUUUGUAUCAAUCGGUUAAUACUACCUUGUCCCUGACUAAUGUUGACGGGGACAAGAAGGCAGUGGCUUUCAAAAUCAAGACGACUGCUCCUCGCAAUUAUCUAGUUCGACCCUCUUCUGGUGUUGUUGCUGCCGAUGCUACUGUGGAUGUGCAGAUUAUUUUGCAGCCGCAAACCUCGGAUCCAAGCCUCAACACAGAUAGGUUCCUCAUUCAAGCUACUACUAGUGCCACAG